CGGAGGGAGAGAGCGACCAGCCCAAGAGGUCUGGUGGCAUUGUGGGACCGCUUCGGGCGCCGAAUGCUCGCUCGCUUCUUGUGUCCUGGCAGCUGAGGGGCAGGUGACAGCUCCGUGAUCUCCCACCAUGGAUGGAGACGGACUUUUUGACGAAGGAAUCCAAACUGUCGACACCAGCCAGGGUGAUUUGGCUGUCCGAGGUUUCGACAAAAUCCUCUCCGUUUCCUUUGGGGAAUCCGAAUGAGAGAGAGAUCACAGACACCUUCACUGGGAAGCCAAGGACAUUUCUGUAUAAUCAGUGGAUGAAAGGAUUUUCUCAGUCUCCCCUCACCCUUUUUUCCUCGAGGAUUAAUCCACCACCACCUACAGAUACUGUGGAAAUUGCAAGACACACAAUGUGGCAGAAGCCUAGAGCACCUUCAGAAUUGCUCUGGACCCUUGCUUCGGCAUAAGGGACUUUUCUCAAAGGUGCCACUCCUCCCUUCCCCCAGCUUCCGUCCUCUGAUGGCUCCUCUUUAGCCAGUUUUCAUUUUCUACAUUAAGUUCUAUUUCCAAAACUGUUCCCUUGGAGCUAUCUAAGUGGAUCGCCAGAAAUGAGAGAUUAGGUGCCAGGAGAAGAGGAAGUGCCCUGAGUGUGUCCCCUUGCUGCCGCUGCCGCCGCCGACAUGAAGUGCUUUUUCCCAGUGCUGAGCUGUCUGGCUGUGCUGGGUGUGGCGUCUGCACAGCGGCAGGUCACUGUCCAGGAGGGACCCUUGUACCGCACGGAGGGCUCCCACAUCACCAUCUGGUGCAACGUGAGUGGCUACCAGGGCUCCUCCGAGCAACACUUCCAGUGGUCCAUCUACCUGCCCUCGGCCCCUGAGCGCGAGGUGCAGAUCGUCAGCACCAUGGACUCCUCCUUCCCGUAUGCCAUCUACACCCAGCGUGUCCGCGGGGGGAAGAUCUUCGUGGAGAGGGUCCAGGGGAACUCGUCCUUGCUGCACAUCACAGACCUCCAAGCCCGGGACGCAGGGGAGUAUGAAUGCCACACGCCCAACACGGAAGAGCGGUACUUCGGGAGUUACAGCGCCAAGAUGAACCUAGUGGUGAUCCCGGACUCGCUGCAGACAACCGCAGUGCCCCAGACUCUGCACAAAGUGGAGCAGGACCCGCUAGAGCUCACUUGCGAGGUGGUCACGGAAACAUUCCAGCACAGCCACCUGUCUGUGGCCUGGCUCCGACAGAAAGGUGGUGAGAAGCCGGUGGAAGUCAUCUCCCUGAGCCGGGACUUUGUGCUGCAGUCCAGCAGUGAAUACGCCCAGAGGCAGAGUCUGGGGGAGGUGCGGCUGGACAAGCUGGGGAGAACCACCUUCCGCCUCACCAUCUUCCACCUGCAGCCUGCUGACCAGGGCGAGUUCUACUGUGAGGCUGCUGAGUGGAUCCAGGAUCCUGAUGGGUCGUGGUAUGCCAUGACCCGGAAGCGCUCUGAGGGGGCCGUGGUCAACAUCCAGCCCACCGGUGUGGCGUCUGCACAGCGGCAGGUCACUGUCCAGGAGGGACCCUUGUACCGCACGGAGGGCUCCCACAUCACCAUCUGGUGCAACGUGAGUGGCUACCAGGGCUCCUCCGAGCAACACUUCCAGUGGUCCAUCUACCUGCCCUCGGCCCCUGAGCGCGAGGUGCAGAUCGUCAGCACCAUGGACUCCUCCUUCCCGUAUGCCAUCUACACCCAGCGUGUCCGCGGGGGGAAGAUCUUCGUGGAGAGGGUCCAGGGGAACUCGUCCUUGCUGCACAUCACAGACCUCCAAGCCCGGGACGCAGGGGAGUAUGAAUGCCACACGCCCAACACGGAAGAGCGGUACUUCGGGAGUUACAGCGCCAAGAUGAACCUAGUGGUGAUCCCGGACUCGCUGCAGACAACCGCAGUGCCCCAGACUCUGCACAAAGUGGAGCAGGACCCGCUAGAGCUCACUUGCGAGGUGGUCACGGAAACAUUCCAGCACAGCCACCUGUCUGUGGCCUGGCUCCGACAGAAAGGUGGUGAGAAGCCGGUGGAAGUCAUCUCCCUGAGCCGGGACUUUGUGCUGCAGUCCAGCAGUGAAUACGCCCAGAGGCAGAGUCUGGGGGAGGUGCGGCUGGACAAGCUGGGGAGAACCACCUUCCGCCUCACCAUCUUCCACCUGCAGCCUGCUGACCAGGGCGAGUUCUACUGUGAGGCUGCUGAGUGGAUCCAGGAUCCUGAUGGGUCGUGGUAUGCCAUGACCCGGAAGCGCUCUGAGGGGGCCGUGGUCAACAUCCAGCCCACCGACAAAGAGUUCACUGUUCGGCUGGAGACGGACAAGCGGCUGCACACGGUGGGUGAGCCAGUGGAGUUCCGAUGCAUCCUGGAGGCUCAGAACAUUCCUGACCGAUACUUUGCUGUCUCCUGGGCCUUCAACAGCUCCCUCAUCGCCAGCAUGGGGCCUAACGCUGUGCCAGUUCUCAACAAUGAGUUUGCCCACCGGGAAGCCAAGGGACAACUGAAAGUGUCCAAAGAGAGUGACAGUGUCUUUGUGCUGAAAAUCUACCACCUCCGUCAGGAAGAUAGUGGGAAGUACAACUGUCGUGUGACUGAGCGGGAGAAAACUGUCACUGGGGAGUUCAUCGACAAGGAGAGCAAGCGUCCUAAGAACAUCCCCAUCAUUGUCCUUCCCCUCACAGAUAACUGGGUAGUUAAAGUCCCCCAGCACCACCAGAUCCUGUCCCAAAGCCACUUGGAGAGCAGCAUCUCCGUGGAGGUAGCCAGCAAUGCCAGCGUCAUCCUCGAGGGUGAGGACCUGCGCUUCUCCUGCAGCGUCCGCACGGCGGGCAGGCUGCAGGGCCGCUUCUCUGUCAUCUGGCAGCUCAUCGACAGGCAGAACCGCCGCAGCAACAUCAUGUGGCUAGACCGCGAGGGCACUGUGCAGCCGGGCGCAUCAUACUGGGAGCGCAGCAGCUUUGGGGGCGUGCAGAUGGAGCAGGUGCAGCCCAACUCCUUCAGCCUGGGCAUCUUCAACAGCAGGAAGGAGGACGAGGGCCAGUAUGAAUGUCACGUGACUGAGUGGGUGCGGGCAGUGGAUGGCGAGUGGCAGAUCGUGGGGGAGCGCCGAGCCAGCGCCUUCAUCGCCAUCACAGCUCUUGAAACAGGCUUUGCGGUGACAGCCAUCUCCCGGACACCAGGGGUGACCUACAACGACUCCUUUGACUUACAGUGUAUCAUCAAGCCACACUACCCGGCCCGGGUCCCCGUGUCGGUGACGUGGCGCUUCCAGCCAGUGAGCACUGCUGAGUUCCACGACCUGGUGACCUUCACGCGGGAUGGAGGGGUCCAGUGGGGAGACAGGUCCUCCAGCUUCCGAACCCGGACUGCCAUCGAGAAGGCCGAGUCCAGUAACAAUGUCCGCUUGAGCAUCAGCCGGGCCAGUGACACAGAGGCAGGCAAGUACCAGUGUGUGGCAGAGCUGUGGAGGAAGAACUACAACCACACCUGGACACGACUGGCCGAGAGGACCUCGAACCUGCUGGAGAUCCGAGUGCUGCAGCCAGUGACAAAACUGCAGGUGAGCAAGUCAAAGAGGACCCUCACCCUGGUAGAGAACAGGCCCAUUCAACUGAACUGCUCCGUCAAGUCCCAGACCAGCCAGAACUCACACUUCGCCGUGCUCUGGUACGUGCACAAGCCCUCUGACGCCGAUGGCAAGCUCAUCCUCAAAACCACGCACAGCUCCACUUUUGAGUACGGCACCUACACUGAGGAGGAGGGCCUGCGGCCCCGGCUGCAGUUCGAGCGGCAUGUGGCUGGGGGCCUGUUCAGCCUCACAGUCCAGAGAGCCGAAGUCAGUGACAGUGGCAGCUACUACUGCCAUGUGGAGGAGUGGCUGCUGAGCCCCAACUACGCCUGGUAUAAGUUGGCAGAGGAGGUCUCAGGCCGCACGGAAGUCACUGUGAAGCAACCAGACAGCCGCCUGAAGCUCAGCCAAGCCCAGGGGAACCUGUCCGUUCUGGAGACCCGGCAGGUGCAGCUGGAGUGUGUGGUCCUGAACCGCACCAGCGCGGCCUCGCAGCUCGUGGUGGAAUGGUUCGUGUGGAAGCCCAACCAGCCAGAGCGCGAGACGGUGGCGCGCCUGAGCCGCGAGGCCACCUUCCACUAUGGCGAGCAGGCCGCCAAGAACCACCUGCAGGGGCGGCUGCACCUGGAGAGCCCCUCGCCCGGCGUGUACCGGCUCUUCAUCCAGAACGUGGCAGUGCAGGACAGUGGCACCUACAGCUGCCGCGUGGAGGAGUGGCUGCCCAGCCCCAGUGGCAUGUGGUAUAAGCGGGCAGAGGACACCGCCGGGCAGACCUCGGUGACAGUCAUGCGACCGGAUGCUGCCCUCCAGGUGGACACUGUGGUCCCCAACGCCACUGUCUCUGAGAAGGCAGCCUUUCAGCUAGACUGCAGCAUCGUGUCCCGCUCGAGCCAGGACUCGCGCUUUGCUGUGGCCUGGUAUUCCCUGAGGACUAAAGCCGGAGGGAAAAGGGGCAGCCUUGGUGUGGAAGAGCAAGAGGAGGAAAAAGAGGAAGAGGAGGAAGAGGAAGAGGAGGAGGACCCAACAGAGCGGACAGUCCUGCUGAGCGUGGGCCCGGAUGCCGUCUUCGGCCCAGAGGGCCAUCCCUGGGAAGGCAGGCUCCGCUUCCAGAGGCUCUCGCCUCUGCUCUACCGGCUCACGGUGCUGCAGGCAAGCCCCCAUGACACGGGCAACUACUCCUGCCACGUGGAAGAGUGGCUGCCAAGCCCCCAGAAGGAGUGGUACCGGCUGACAGAGGAGGAGUCUGCCCCCAUCGGCAUCCGCGUCCUGGACACAAGCUCCACCCUGCAGUCGCUCAUCUGCUCCAACGACGCCCUCUUCUACUUUGUCUUCUUCUACCCUUUCCCCAUCUUUGGGAUCCUCAUCAUCACCAUCCUGCUGGUGCGCUUCAAAAGCCGGAACUCCAGCAAGAACUCCGACGGCAAGAACGGGGUGCCCCUGCUAUGGAUCAAAGAGCCACACCUCAACUACUCGCCCACCUGCUUGGAGCCCCCCGUGCUCAGCAUCCACCCAGGAGCCAUAGACUAGGGGAGCCCAGCCCACAUUGGCAUUGGCGGAGCCGAGACGCUCCCUUGCUGCCUCUUGCUCUGUGAUUGGACGGUCGACAGCACCUACAGGUUCAGACGUCCAUCCGUGCAGAAAACUGUCCGACUGGGAGAGUCGGCACCACGUCGGGCUGCUCCAGGUGGCGGCCGCGGUUGGUUAGCUCCUUGCGCCCAAACGUCAUGAUCCUGCCGUCGUAGGUUCCUAGUUUUUGGUUCUGGUAAUGUAGUGAGUAGUUCCAGGUGCCGCAUCUACUCACCGGUUAUCUAGUAUUCUCAGAUAGAUGUCACGAGGGUUUUACUCUUCGUAACGUACCCUUUCCAAAUCCCUGUGGUUUACCCCUGUAGGAUUCCAUCUUGUGGACGAGCCUCACCCACUUCCGGCUGAUGGCAAGAGGAAGGACAAGACGUGAUAGUAACAAAGAGUGUCUUUCAAGACUUUGUUUUUGCACAUUUGAAAAUGCCACCCAUGGAUCAAAAUGCACCCAAACUUUUUUUUUUUUUUUUUUACUUUCUUAACAAGACUUGAAAAAUGUGUGUAGCGUGGGCCCAAUUUGUAUCUUAUCUUUUCCCUCAGCUGGAGUUGCUGGAACACUUUGUAGUCAAGAUGAAAGCAUUGAAUUUUGCUUCAAAGAACUGCGUAUGUGCAAGAGAAAUCCUGCCUAACCUCAUUAGGAUAGAUAGUGCCCGGCCAGCGUGUCUGUCAGGGAGGGGAGAAGGCUUCAUCCAGUCUUUGCCAAAAAAA